GUAAACAGCUGAGUUAAACAACAACAAAAGAAAAUGGUUGAUUUGAAAGCGUGAAGUCAGAGCAGAAAAUAGCAAAAAAGAGACAAGAAUAGCAAUAAAACCUCUAUAAUUUAACCUUAGAUAGAUCUAUCAAUCUGCAUCCAUCGAAAAAGGCUCCUCGAAAAUGCCAUUUUGCUGAAAACCCCGACGAUAUUCGACUCAAGGUACACCAAGGUAACCACAUAACCAAGAAAGCCAUAGGUGUUGUUGCCACAGUUUUGUGGCUGUAUGAGGUCAGUGCAGUCAUCGCACUUCACUGAUGGCUCCCUUCCAGUGUUUGUUUUCCCCAACACCUUAAAUUUCUACGUCAAGGACCAGUCUACCCACAAGCAAAUCUUGACUGUCUACAACCCCUAUGAGUUUGUGCUUAGGUUUAAAGUUUUAUGUACAGCACCAAGCCGUUAUCUGGUUGUGGAUGCAGAGGGUCUUAUCAAACCACGAUGCUGUGUUGAUAUAGUAAUACGCCAUACAGCAAUCCACUCUACUCCCAUCAACCAACAAGACAAGUUCAGGCUACAGGUCUUUGAGCAUGGUGUUGAUAAGAUUCUAGGAAGAAAGGAAAUUCCUUCCGUUAUUCUUUCAAGUAGAGUAGGCACCGAGAAAGAGAAAUCAACAAAGCCUUCUGACAGAUCAAGCAGAAUAGAAAAUAAAGCUGCAGUAUUCCAAGAUGCUGUUCCUUAUCAUGGCACAGGUUAUACCCCAAGCUUCUGGGUAGUACUACUAGCCAUCGCGUGUAUUGCUGCCGUCAUGCUCCCCCUUCAAGGUGAAAGCGCUUCCUCUAGGCUGCCUAGUUACUUACACAUGUCUGUCAAUCAAAAACUUGUGGCAGCAUUCAUUCUAGGAUUGGUAACAAUGGCUCUACUAAAAACAAACUGAUGAACAAUAAAUCUACAAUUCCUGAAGUACAACCUUCCAUAAAUAUUCUAAGAGUAUAAUUCAUUUUCAAUAUUUUAAAAAUAAUUUUGAACAUUUUUUAAUUAGGAUAAUUAAAUUUUUAAUACAUUAA